CUGGUGGUGGACCUCCUCCGGAAAGUCCUUCUCCAGCAGAGGAGCUGAUAAUUGCUGCCACUGGAACCAGGCCUGGAAUGAAAGGCAUUACCAAUGGAAUAGAUAGUGAUACAGUAUUGCCAGUCCAACCUAUAACUGUGACAGAAACUCAAAGGGAAGACUACACCUCAUCUGAUUGUCAAGCCACAUUAUCCUGUACACAGUGUACUUCAACCACAAUCCAAAGCCCUGUCACUUAUGAGCUCACAAGUACCAUAUUACCAACAUCAGAUGCAUGCACAGACAUUAAUGAGCCAACAAAAAAGAAACAAAAAACAUCUCUAGCAUCACUUACUGAGGAAAACUUGAUGCUAGACAACCAACGAUUAACCCUGGAAAUUAAGCGCAUUGAGGAGGAAACCAAGAAAAUACAAAUGGAGCAACAGAAAUUGGCUCAAGAGAAAUCUGUCCUAGACCUGAAAGCAGCCUACUGGACAUUCAAAUUACAAAACGAAUUUGAAAUUUAAAUGUUUUAUGCCAUGGAUGGCAAUGUCCCUCGUCUGUCCUUGAUCGUUAAAUAAGGGGAAAAACUGUAAAGCGAUUGCUUUUAUCAAAUUUUUAACAUUUAAUUGUACAUUUUUACUA